UCAGUACAGAUUUCUUCAAAUAAUAGCUACAUAUUCAUUCCUCUAGCAAGUUAUCAAGUGCCUUCUUGAUGUCACCUAAAUUCCACCUGGGGGUCAUCCUGUCCUCGUCAUUCAUCUUUUAUCUCGUUCAACCAGCUCAAUGUCAGCUCGCAUCCGCCAUAAUUCCGCUCUACAACUUCCCAAACUUUAAAAACGACUCGGACGAAAGUUGGCAGCCACUUUUAGAUGCCAAAUCCCAAUACCAAAACGUUUCCGCCUGGGUCAUCGGCGGCACUCCGAAGGACUACAAUUGGAAAGUCUAUCAAGCCGCGUAUAAAAAACUGCUUGACGUCGGUUUGAACAUAAUCGGUUAUGUGAACACUGGCCACGCCACGAUACCGGUUCAAACCGUUACGGACGGAAUUGACAAAUGGCGCCAAUUUUUCUCAACCUUUUCCACUUUCCCCACGGUCAAGAGUGCGAUAUUUUUCGACAAUAUGCACAACGGGAUGAAUGACGGACACCAGGCUCGAACUAAUGGGACCGUGCAGGGGGAUGUGGUCAAAUAUUACGAAACUAUUGCCCGCUACGCCAAGUCACAAGGUUUGACAAAAAUUGUGAUGAAUCCAGCCUCCUACGUGAACGAAAGCUUGGUCGGUGUCGCUGAUACGUUCAACAUUUUAGAAUCUAGCUACGGUUUUCAGGCGGAAAAGAGAUACCAACAGCCGAAGUAUGGGGUCAAGUAUCCCAUCCAAAAGUGGGGGGCUAUGAUUAACAAUAUCGUCGAGGGUCAAUUGAGUCAUGAGGAGAUUAACGUGAUGAAGAAGUAUGUCAAGCACAUCUGGGUGUCGGAAUGGGGAAGUAAGGGUGCCCCCUCGUGGUACCGAUUACCAAAGUAUGUCAUCAAGCUGUUCAGAUAUUUGAGUUAUUAAAUACGUGCUGGUAUAUGUAUGUGUUUAAUAUUUUUAAUAAACGCAAAA